UCUCUGCAGUUUCGACUUCGAGAUGCAUCUCACUUACAAAAGCAAGUACUUGCGCUUUUGGCAGAUCUCUCUGGGUUGUUAGAGGAUGCCUUGGAUAUUUUACGGGGAAGCAAGGUGCCGUGGGAUCAAAUUGAAGACGACGAUAUCUCGGACGAUGAACCUGACCCAUUGGAAGAUGCCGGUGAAGACGGCGAGUUUCCAACCACUGAACUAGAGCAAAUCGCCUCCAUCGUACCAGAUACUGUCAAUUGUCUUCUAAGGUUAAGCGUCGCUAUAAGAAAUCCGGCUCCUCACGAUCGUUUUGCGGCAUCCAUUCCAAUAGCUGUAUCAGAUUAUGAGUUCUUCGAUAUUCAACAUGUCCACGCGAAGUUUCCAAAAAUAGACAGCCUCCUAGCUCGGAGGCUAGGAAAUACAAUUUCUAGGCGACGACAGUACUUCAGAUAUCGGGAAAGCCACCAUUUGAAGCUUGCUCAUGGCUUAGACCCCAAACAACCCAAAGAUCAAGCAGAUGGCGAAAGUACUAUUGCAAGCUCAAUACCGGAUCACACUAAGAGUGCUGGCUUUGGUAAUAUAUUGCCUGCGAUAGAUGAAGAUGCUAUCUCGGAUGCAGGUAUUUCACAAACAUCGUUUGCAUCUUCCUUUGCAGGCACAGAGAGACUUCGCAUUCCACCUUUUCUCAAAGGCGCCGAAAGUGGUCCUUUUGAAUGCCCUUUUUGUUACAUGAUUAUCACAGCUACAAACAGAGCGUCAUGGAAGCGGCAUGUAUUUGCCAACCUCAAGCCAUAUGUCUGUCUCGCAGAGGAUUGUACAGCAACAGAAAAGUGGUUUGCCAGAAGGCAUGAAUGGAUUUUACACGAGAUCCAAAGCCAUUGGAAGUUAUACGCAUGUCCAUACUCAUGCAGCAAGAUAUUUCAGUCCCGAUCUAAGUGCGUGGAACAUGUUCAGAAAAGCCACUCUGAUUUGACCCCAGAACAUCAGCUUGAGGCUAUGAUAAAUCUCAGUUCUAGACCUAUUGAAACUGGAAAUGGUGUGCUUUGCCCCAUGUGCCAGGAGAGCCUUAACACGGUGGGAAAGUAUCAGCGCCAUGUCGGAAGACACCAAGAACAGCUUGCAAUUUUCGCUCUUCCCUCUACGCAAUUUCGAGAUACUGAAGAUGACCAUGAUAGC